CCGCAAAAAUUUUUUUUAUUUACCAAGGCACACAAAAGGCAAAAAUCCAAAAUGUCAUUCGAUCUUAACCAUAAAUUUUGGGUCUCCACGCGCAAGGAAAUUGGACAGCUUAUCAAAAAGCAGAACCGCCUGAAAAAGAUUCAGCCUCCAGAGGACAAAGCAGUAUCGUUUAAAAUAUUCGCAGAGCUCUAUGUGUUGUAUGUGGAGCUGGUCGAUAAGUUGAGUUUUAUAUACCACAACACUUUCCAAGUGCAAAAGCGGGCAUUGGUCCGCGUUUUGGUGGAGAAUGCCACUCAACAGCUAAUGCAACUCAAGGAAGAGUUAAAAGAUUUGGAAAUGAGCGAGUACAUAUAUAUAGAUAGGGCGUUGAUCGCCAGGAAGCUAACCCCGCGGGACUUGGUCAUAUGGAGAUCACCCCAAUUUCUGUACCGUCGCCCAUUGGACAUUCAAAAUAUUAUAGCCGACAACCGAUUGUACAUGAACGAUGUAGAAAAGGAGGAGAAAGCAGCACAGGACUGGGAACCGAUCAGUGAGGCCGUGAAGCUUAUUCAAGCUCACGAAAGGGCACGCCGCGCUCGGGUUUACAAGUCCAACAUUAAGUACGACAAGAAAAAGUUCCUCAAGGUCCAUCAAAGAAAGAAAAUCAAUUACAAAUUCACCUUUAAACCUGAUCAGGCAAUGAGUAUACCCGUGAAGAGGACUAUUUUUUCAGCUGACUUCUUGAAAGCGGAUGAGUCCUGCGAAAACCUUCUUAAAAAGGAUGAUGCAGCGGAUAUCGCACUAGAUGAUGAAGAAGACUUAGAUGCAAUACGAAACUGUGCUGCUUGUAAAAUCCAAAGCUGGUGGCGUGGUUACAGGACGCGGAAAAUAGUUAAAAUACGGAAGAGGUUUAAGAAGGAACUGUAUGGUAUGAAGAAAAUUAGGAAACUGAAGCGACCAAAUUUUAAGGAAAAUUCUAUUAUGGAAAUGUACAAAAACGAGAUGCUAAAAAAGAAGCUGGAUGAAGACUUCAUUAACUUGAUCAACGAUGAGCGCACCAGACUUCUGCAAGUCCGAAGUCCAUGGAUGAUGGAAGAUAUAUCCGAUCAUAUCCGAGCUUGGUUCAAGGAAUUUUACGAUGCGACUGGAAAUUUUCAUCCUUAUCCCGAUCCUGUAAAGCAGGGAACGGUAUUAGUUGUCAUUGACGAAACCAUGACCCCAAUGGAAUUUCAGGAAAGUCUUGGUAAGAAACCGCUUUCAAAAGCCGAGAAAAAGAAGCUUCGCGAUAAGGAGAAGAAGGAAAAAAGGAAAAAGAAGGAAAAACUUAAACAGUUGAAAAUAAAGGAAGCUAAACGUCGAAAAAAAUUAAGAGACGCGGGAAUCAUCGAUAUUGGCUACGAGCUAACAGCAAGCAAGCAAAUUGAAAACAUUGAACAAACAAUGCAGAAAUAUGCCAAGGACUGGAGAAAUGUUGAUGAAUAUCUUAAUAAGAAUCAUGAUCCCAUCAGGGAUUGGGUUACAGACGACGAACUGGCAAAGAUACAUCAGGAAGUGAGGGGCUUGGUCGACGAGUACAUGAGAGUGGAAUAUGAGUUGCUGCGGGAGGCCCUGGCGAAGGAUAGCAAUGAAAAGUAUAAGGCCCUCAAGGUAAAGUAUCCAAAAAAGAAGAAGAAUAAGAGGAAGAAGAAGGCCAAGGACAUGACAGGCGAUAGGACACUGGAAUCCUUGUACCGAGAGCUUAAAGAUGCCGGCAUAAUAGAGGAUAUUGCUCAUAGGGACUUCGAUGAGUUUAUAGCGGACUUUAAUUUUGUGGCAGACGACACUAGAGAUGAAGAUGGACUAACUACAUUGGGUCCAGCGAAGGGUGAUAUUAAAAUGGUUAUUCAAGAGUCAAUGCUCGGAAUGGGCGAAUUCGAUGUUCCGAAACCGAAGUCUCUUUUACUAAUUGGACCCCUAAAUAGCGGAAAGAGGUUGUUGUGCCAAAUCAUUGCAUCAGAAUUAAAUGCAGUUUUUAUGAACUUGAGUCCCGAGAAGACCUACAAAUAUGCCAAUGACUUGAAAUAUUUCCUACAUGUUAUCCUAAAAGUGGCUAAGGCCUUUCAGCCCACCAUAAUGUACGUCGAAGAAGCUCAUAGACUGUUCUGGAAAAAGAUUCCACCUGAGGCAGUAGAGAUAAACCCCCGACUUUUGGGUACCUCAAUAUCUAGCAAGAUCUUGAAACCACUAAAGAAAAAUGACAAAAUUGUACUCGUCGGCACGAGUAACAUGCCCUGGGCGGCCAAUGGAGGCAUCAAGAGAGCGUUUCAAAAAGUCCUGCUUAUACCAAAGUGCGAUUACGGAACUAGCUUCCUGCUGUGGCUAGAAAUGAUGACCGAGAACGCCCCAGAUGAUAUGAAGGAGUACGCCUACUCCGCACUGGCACGAGUAAUGCAGGCGUACAACUCUGGCGACAUUGCUGAUAAUGUAAAGCAGACCUUGAGCAUCGACCGUAAAAUGCGACUUAAGAAUGAGGCAUUGGAUCCAAACGAGUUCCUGGAAUAUUUCCUCAGCAAGAAUGAACCUCCAAUUUUGCCUCCAGAGGAGAAGCUAAUGGAAAAGUUCAAUAAAUGGUUCGGCAGCUCAAACAAGCUUCAAAAACUGAGAAAAAAGUAUAUGGCUCAAAAGUUGGCCAAGGCAAGCAAGAAGAAAUAAAUAAAUUAGUUUAAAGCAAGAUAA